CAUGGCGCCAACACUGAAGCACUUCUUGGCGGUAAUAAGCAUUACGCUGGUCUACACGCUUCCAGCUUCCGGCCACUGUUGGGAGAGGAGGUACGACCGCGACAGCUUCGUGUGUCCCUGCAACGCCACCUGCUGCGACGAGCCCGGCAUCUUGGCCGCCCCAGAGGCCGGCACCUUCGCCCACUACGUCUCUGACAGAGCAGAGUUCAGGAUAGAAGCUUUCAGUGGACCCAUCGAAGAUGCCGCAGGACCCACAUCGGCUUCGGUCGCCGUGGAUACAUCAAACACUUAUCAGACCAUCUUGGGCUUCGGUGGUGCAUUUACUGACGCCGCUGGACAGAACUUCAACGCUCUGUCUGACAAAACCAAGGAGUGGCUGUUGAGGUCGUACUACGCACCCGAAGGAAAUGAAUACAAUAUCGGCCGCGUUCCAAUUGGUUGUUCAGAUUAUUCAACAUACCCUUACUCGCUGGAUGACGUCGAGGGCGACGUUGACCUCGUCCACUGGUCCCUUAAACCCGAAGACUACAACUACAAGAUCCCAAAUUUGAAGCUGGCCCGGCAGCUGAGCGAGCAGGAGGUACUGAUAUUCGGCUCCCCCUGGUCUCCUCCCACUUGGAUGAAGAGCAAUAAAAUGUUCAAUGGAACUGGCUACCUCCUACCCGAGUACUGGCAGUCCUACGCUAACUACAUCGUCAAGUAA